UGACAGUGGAAGGUUUAAUACAGAUUUAGCGAUGUUUGGUGGAUGAAAAAUUAGUAGAAAAGUAUUAAUGUUGUUGAGAUGUUCAAUGUUUCGCUAUAGUUUUGGAUUUAAGUGUAAAUCGCGGUUAAGAUUCUAAAGAAGUCAGUUUGAAGUUAUGUUGGUAGCUAUUAGACGUCAUAGUGACAGGAAGGUGCAAUGGCCGGUGUCUCUGCAGAGACGGGCAGUGUAAGUCAGUGUAAAUAGGUUCGGAAACAUCAACAAUAAAACAAACAAUAGUUAUUUGUCUUUUGAGUGGUUUUUUUUGUUUGACCUGUAAUAUUUAAGCAAAUGUGAUAAGGAUGUCGAACGAGACCGAUGAUUACAACAUCCAACAAGAACUGAGGAACAUAAGGAGCGUGAUCACCUUAACUCGAAAUAAUAUCGAUGCAUUGAACGCGAAAUUCGCGGAUUUCCCGAAUCCUCCGCCGAUGUACGUGAAAGAAUAUGAAGAGCUCACGACGAAGCUGCACGAACUCGAGAGCCAGGAGGAUUUUCUACGUCUGCACGUCAGCAACGGUCGUGAGAGUCCCGAAAGCGAAUCGGAUUUGAGGAACGAAUCUGAUGAAGGUACGAUGAGACAGAAUCCGCAGCAGACACAGAGAUAUAAAUUCAUAAGGGCGCAUCUACCAAAUCAACAGAGGACUAGUGUACAAGUACGUGAAGGUCAAUCCUUGAAGGAGGCUCUGGCAAAAGCAAUGAAACUGCGAAAUCUAUUUUAUAAAACGUGUUGUGCUUACCUGGAAGAUACUGAUGUUCAAAUCAAUUGGGAUAUAGACAUAAGUACCUUGGAAUGUGAUGAGAUCACAGUGAAACUGAUGGAGAAUUUCCCAGUGCCAACAAGCAUUUCCCAUAACUUUGUUCGCAAGACAUUCUUUUCUCUUGUCUUUUGUGAAGUCUGUCAUAAAUUGUUAUUUCAAGGAUUCCUUUGUCGCACCUGUGGCUAUAAAUUCCACCAGCGCUGUGCCAGUAGGAUUCCUUCAUUGUGUCAUCAGGUGCGAGUGGCAGACGCUUAUUACAAGGCUCUGUUGGCUUCUAAUUACGAUAUGCCUCAGAAACAUCCCGGCACACUAGGACAGCACGAUCGGUCGAGUUCGGCACCGAACGUGUGCAUGAACAGCGUUCGUAACGCAAACGAAGAAUGUCCUCAUACGUUAUCCUUGAACACUCCACCGGAAGAUUCGCAGCACAGUAAAAGCACGCAGGCUUCUCCGACUAGUUCGCAGCAGCCACGAAGGCCUAGAGCUAAAUCAGCCGAUGAAAGUAAACCGUUACUAGCGCCUAGAGAAAGUAUAGAAGACUGGGAGAUACCUGCCGACGAGAUCAAGAUAGGAGAGAUGGUGGGCACCGGAAGCUUCGGAACGGUGUACAGAGGCCGCUGGCACGGUUCCGUCGCCGUCAAGACGUUGAAGGUGAAGAUCCCGACCUUGGCUCAACUGGAAGCGUUCAAGAACGAGGUGAUGGUCCUAAGGAAGACGAGACACGUGAACAUCCUGCUGUUCAUGGGAUGCGUGAGCAAACCCAAGUUGGCCAUCGUGACCCAAUGGUGUGACGGGAACAGCCUUUAUAGGCAUCUGCACGUCUUCGAAUCCAAAUUCGAGCUGUUCACUCUGAUCGAGAUCGGACGUCAGAUCGCUCAAGGCAUGGACUAUCUGCACGCAAAAAACAUUAUACACAGGGAUCUCAAAUCCAAUAACAUCUUCUUGCACGAAGAUCUUACCGUUAAAAUUGGUGACUUCGGCCUAGCCACGGCCAAGAAAAGAUACUCCGACGACACCCAGAUGGUGCGUUAUCCAUCCGGGUCGAUCCUGUGGAUGGCCCCAGAAAUCACUCGAAUGAAGGACGAUAAUCCCUAUAGUUUUAAAUCGGACGUUUACGCUUUCGGCAUCGUGAUGUUCGAGAUGCUCACGAUGCAGCUGCCUUACUCUCACAUGAAAGACAAGACUCAGAUUCUGUAUCUGGUGGGCAAAGGGAUUCUGAAGCCUGACCUGACGCGGUUGCGUUCGGACACUCUGAAACCGCUGAAGUUGCUCGUGGAGAAGAGCAUUCAAUUCGACCAGGAGGAACGGCCAGAGUUCUGCAACAUCCAAUCCUCGUUGGAUCUGAUGCUGCGAAGUCUUCCGAAGAUCCAUCGCAGCGCAUCCGAACCUAACAUGAAUCGAACUCAGCUGCAAUCAGACGAGUUUUAUUAUGCGUGCGCCAGCCCAAAAACCCCAGUCAAUUUCGGACCAUCCACAAACUUUCAAUUCUAUUCAUCCGGUACAAAUAUAUAGCAGUUGGAGUAUGUCCAUAUUCCGGACUUUUCUAAAUAGAGACAAGAGCGUCGCCUGAGAUAAUAUUAAUCAACUGACAAGCAUUUCAUAAGAAUUAAUAACCAUAUAUAUAUAUUACAUAUACAUUGUAUAUAUAUAUAUAUGAUAUAUACAUAAAUACAUUCACAUUAAUUGUGCAAGGACAGAAAGGAAAAUGAGAAUUUCCCUCCCUUGCAUCUCCCAUUUCGUAAUUAAUUUCUCCCAGAUCUGCGAAACAACGUCAGAAUUAAAAUUAAAAAAAAAAGUAUAUAUAUAUAUGAAAACCUAAUUUAAAUUUUAUUUAU